AGAAUCUCUAUGAAAAUAAUAAACCUAACCUUUAAUCUAUAACACACACAAACAAACAAAUUGUUUAGAAAAGAUAGUAAACAUUUUUUUUGUUUAUAAAUAUUUGUUUAAAACAAAUAUUGAGUGGUUUUUGCUAAUUCCAAUAAGAGUUUUUCUGUGUGAAAUCUCAAAGAGAAAAAAAAACAUAGCCCCAAGUGUCAACCAGAGCGAGAGAUAAAUUUUUUUCUUGUGUGUUGGAAAAGUCAAUUUUUUCGAUUUUCCUUGUUUUUUUUUUCCUUCUUUCAUUUAUUUAUUUACACGCAACGCGAUGGAGUAGAAAUUUACAAAAUAGGAGAACACCAAUAAAAUAGACGAGACGAACCCCCGCCAGGAUCGAAACGAACUUAUCCGCGUUUGACCUUUACCUUGUUCGUUUUUUUUUGUUUCUACUCUCUUUGAUUUAAUUAAAAUCAUUUCCGAUAAGAAAUAAAAAAGUCACAAAAUUUAUUUUUUGAGAGAAAAAAAAUUCCCGAAUAGAAUUUUCUUCUUUUUGCUGCUUGCUCGUCCUUCAAUCUUCUCUGUGUGUUGCUCCGCUCUCUUCGUUGUGCGAAAAACGAAAAUUCGGGUGGAGUUUUCUUGAGUACGUUUUUCUUUUUCGGCUCUGCGUUUUUAUUUUUUGUGUUGUUUGGCUCGUUCGUUUUUGUGUGGUUUUUUCUUAAUAAAAUUGUUAUGUGAUUUUUGCAACAAAAAAGAGAAAAAAUAUUUGACAGAAAUGAUGUUUUGUGUGAUGUUUAUUGGAAAGCCGCAUCUUUGAGUUGAUUAUCAUUUUUUUUUCUCUUCUCCGUUGAGUAGUUUUUUUUUUUUUUUAAUUUCCAAUAACAACAAUCAGUGCUGUCAAUUGUCAAAAAAAUUUGUUGUACUCCUCUCUCUCUCCACCACACAUUCGAGUUGAAUAAUUUUAUGCCAAAUAAAAAAUUGUUUGUGAAUUUUUGUGCAAAAUAUCGAUUUAUCGUUUGCUGAUUUCUAUACUGUCAGCUGAGAAAGAGCAAAAAAAAAAAAAAAAGAAAUCGUAGAAAGAUUUGAAGGAAAUUUUGCUAUUAUUUUGGGACAUAAAAUUCAGAGGAAUUGCACACAGCAAAAAUGGGAUAAUGGCGGCUAAAUUGGAUACAAUGGGAGUAGAUUUUGAGACAAACAAUAGACGAACAACAAAUGCUCCAUCAAUUUGGGAUCGACUGCCAUACAACAUAGGAAUGGAGUUGCAUCACUGUGCAUCAACUACUGCAUCAGCAGCAAAAAACGAUAGCAACGAUGACGACGAUGAUUACAACGCUCACAAUAGCUCGUUUAACUGCUAUCAACAACAACUAGCGCACGAUACUCGACAAUUAUCAUUGCUCCCGCCGCCGCCACCAACACCGCUCUCAUCGUCGUCGUCGCUGACAACAACUCCGCCUCCUCCGCAUCAAAUCGUCGUCAAUGAUGAUGACGAAAAGGAUUCUCCAUUCACAUUAUUUAAUAGUACCAGCAGAGGACGAGGAGGCAAUAGCCAAGGGCCAACACGUAUUCCUCUGCCAUUAAACUAUACCCACCAUCAAUACCAGCAACAACAACAACAACAACAACAGCAUAAACAUUACCUCCUUCCUCUACUCCUCAAUUCUAAUAAUGACAAAAAAAUCGAUAGAAAUUUUAAAAAUUCAAAAUCGAUUACAUCGAUAACAACACUGCUCGAUAAGGACGAGCUCCUGCUAUACAAGGAAACAGCACCAGAGGACCAGCAGCAGCAUCAUACCGAAACAGAUUCGUUAGUGACAUCAUCGCCCAGCGAUGAGCAGCAUGACUUGAAGUUACUGAUGCUGACAUCAGCACGAUUGAACCAUGACCAUGGCUAUGAUGAUGAUGGUGAUGAGCACGAGGACGAGGACGAAACCAAGGACAAUAGACGAACAUGUACUAAAAAUUUUCCUGUAGAUAAUAGAAUAUCUAAUAAAAAGAAUUUAGUUAUAAAAUUUAAUGAAAGCCAAUCGGCGACAACCGCGACGGCGACGGUGCGGAGAAAAACCUCCCCACCAUCAACAUCAUCAAGUCGGUCUUCGUCGUCGUCGUGGUUGACUUUGGAGAAAGAAGAUAGCGCUGACGCGGACAUUGCUGCUGCUGCUGAAUCAGCCGCCAAUGGCGCUUCUGAUCAUCAUCGUGAUUGCGAUGAUUAUAGUGAUAUGACUGCAACAACAACAACAACGAGAAUUCUGGGGACGACCCUAAUAGCAACGUCGUCGUCGACAGCGAAAACAUCAACUACGAUGGUGGGAUCAACGUCACGAAGAUUGAAUUGCUGCCCGACAGCAGCAUUGUCUUCGUCGUCGUCGUCGGUGACUUCGACUUCGACAUUGGGAUCUAAAUUCCCAACAAAAACAACAACAACAACAACAUCAUCAACAUCAACAUUUUCAUCCGCCGCAUUAGCAGCCACAGCAGUGAUUGUGACUGCGCUGCCCGAUGUCUUGAGGAAGUUCCACAUUUCUAUGCGAAAGGAUAAGAAAACGAUGACAGCAGUGACAGCUUUGUAUUUAAUUUUGUAUAUAUUCACAUCAGCGAAGUGCAUGGCAGCUAGGCAAGAUGCAUCAAAUUGUACAUUUCCACAAAGAUGGGAAGGUUCAUGGUUUCUAUCUGGCUAUCAACAAUCAAUACAUAUUAAGGGUUCACAAUUCAGUUAUCGGGGUAAAUGUGCUGCUUCGGAUGGUAACAAAUAUUUAAUAGUUGACGAGAAAGGAUGUCAUCGGUGCCUGGUUAUCUAUGAGAAACAUAAAAAUGUUCUACAAUAUAAAGAAAGUGAGUGCGAAGGUGACAGUAUGUAUAUGCAUCAGUCGAAUCCAUCUGCAAUGGCAAUGCGUAGCAUAUUGAAAAGUGAUCAUAGGGGGGGAGCUCAUCCCAAUUUGAACGGGCAUUCAAGACUAUCCUCAUCGGAUCAGUAUAUUAUGAGAUCCAAUGAUGAUAUGAAUGAUUGUCCCCCAGAUUUUUGUAAGGGCCGUGAAACGUUACAAAACCUCUGCGAUCAAAUACCUGGUGAUGCGUUACUUUACAGUUUAUUUAGAGAAAAUGCUGAACCUGUCAAGUGUCCUUUAAAAGGACCAUUUGUCUUUACCUAUAAUCGUGGUCAUGGCGAGUGUAAAAGUCCUGUUUCAAACAUCGAAAGUUGUACCGAAGAUAGUCGAUUAUUGUUGAGUUUUCAAGCUUGUCCCGAUGUUCAAGGCACUGAAAGUACAGUGGAAGAGCUGACGUGCCUGGCCACAUGGAAGGAUGGUAAUUCAAGAUAUUUGGUCGGUCUGGUGUCACAUCAUCAUGCGAUAUCCAACGAAGAACGCUACAGAUGUUUUGUUUAUGAAAAAAUUUCAUCACUAAUGGGUGGUCCUGGGAUGUUGAGCUCAAAGGAUGCCGAAUAUAAAUUGGCGCAAUCAGGAGACGCAACGUGUAAUGGACUUGAUAGUGCUGAGGUUGGGUCAAGAAUAAUGUCAUUACGGAAGCCUCCACCAGCGGAAAGAUGUGAUUUCCCAGUUUGGUUUAAAGGACCUAGACAUUGGCAUGCGCUGAUGGGAAAUUCAGUAUACAACUAUCAUCCAAAUGACGGGUCAAUGCACAUCAUCAAACCAAAUGGAUAUAUGGAGACAAGAGCGCUUUGCGAACAAAUCAAUAAGCAAACUGCUACCGAGAUGAUGGCCGUUGUGCACUAUACAACCGGAUGUCAAUCAGGAUUCAUGUGUAUGAUAUUCUAUCGUCGUGACACUCAUGUGAUUGAAAUACAAACUGGAAAGCAAGCGUCUAGACUUGAAGAUGCCUGUGCUCCUGAUCAUUUUGAUAUAAAUAAGAUGCCAUACAUAACUUUACUGGCAAGCAACCCAGAUCCUCAAAUCUGUCCAUUAGAAGGAUUAUAUCAUUUGCGUGGAGCUAUUGGACCGCCAUACAUCUCGUCCAGGCACAAGCGUAACCAUAACAACAAUAAAGGACACACCCAGCAUGGACAUCAUCAUCAUGAUGUCGUACAUAAGAGGCACACUACAUUAAGCCUUCACAAUACCCAGGAACUGGGACACACCUCAUGGCAUUCAAAUACACGAACAGGACUUCCAAUUAGAAACCGACGUGACGCAAAUUUACCAGCACUACCAUCAGCAGCAGUUGCUGAAGUAUCGGCUGAAGCGCCACCACUAUCAGCAGCAGCAGCAGCAAAAUCAGCACCAUUGGCUUUGGCAAUCCCAACAACAUCAUCAUCAUCAUCAUCAUCAUCGGCAUCGUCGUCGUUAUUGUUAAAAUCAGGAUCACCAUUGUCAGUGGGUGAUGCAAUCGAAACGAAUGAUUUGAAUCAGAAUCAGAAAACUCACGAUGAUGAUGACGAUGUUGAUGAUGAUACCACCAGUAGUUUAUUGUUGAAAUUACCUCCGAGACAAUUAAACCACGACAAUGUUCAAUCGAGAAGAAUUACAAUUGCAACUGAUGGCGGCAGCAGCAGCAGCAGGACCAACGAAUUGGAGGAGCAACCCCACCGGCAGCAAAAGCUGAAACAGUCGCAACAGCAGCAACACCAACGCCACCAGGAUCCAAUUGUAAAAGGCAUUAUUAGCAGCAAUAGUAGCAGCAGUAGUAACAGCGGAAAUACGAGUAGGGAAAGUUUUAUGCAAAGGAAUACAACAACGACCAGCAGCAAAUUGUUGGCGCAACGUAGCAGGCGGGAUGCACCCGGAUGCAUUGUCAAUUACAAAGCCCAACGACAAUUGUGGAUCGGAUGUACGGGGCCGAAUUUAAUCGAUGUCCGGCCGCAAUGUAACGAAGAUGGAGACGAGGAAUAUUCAUGCCAUGGUUCGUGGUCGGAAAAUGGAACGGUGUAUGUAAUAGCCCGACAUAAGGGUACAAAACAUGGAGUUUGCAUUAGCUAUCGACCAUUGGAAGGUACAGCAGCCAAGUUGGUAAUUGGUGAUGCAUGUUAUAGGGGCGUUUUGAAGCCGCCGGAACAUCAUUUGGUCGCCAACCUGACCGUACUUGGUAAAUGUGGUGAUACAAGCUCAGCUCAGUACAUAGUACAUGCACCUUCCACCUCAAUUUUAGCGCUUUUUCUUAGCCUGGCAAGCGUUUUCCUACCUAUACAAAUAAUGUUCACUAAUAGAUGACUUCAACGACAUCCUAAUCAACAUUCAAUUAGGUUAUAAAAAAUAAUAAUUUAAUUUCCUCUUUCCCCUAAAAUAUAUAUUUUUUAUUUUCUUUAUUUUUUUAUUUAAAUGAGAUAAGAGAACACAGUUAUAUAUUAUAUAUAAAAAAAAAGGAUAUAAUUAUUGUAUAUGUAAAACUCAAAAUAUAAAGUUGUGUAUUUA